AUGAGGCAAGACUACCUGGACACUUGUAAAUCGAGCCAUACAUCACUCCAUGUCCUCGACUGGUCCCUGGACAUGCAACAGGAACCACCCUUUCAAAUAAAGAACCAGCAGGAGUGGGAGCUCGGAGAAAUUGAUGUGGCGGCUCAAUCACCCAAACGCAUCACACCUUGGCCCAGACGGCAUCGAGUAAUUUCCCGUGACAAUGGAACGGAAGAACCGCAAAACGAUGAAGGAUCCUUUGAUGACAUCAAGCCAAACUCAUUAACGUGUUGUUUUGAAACCACCAUUGAUGGCACACUAUCAGAAUUACCGAUACUUUCUUUGGAACCAUCCUUUGAAGGGACAUCCUCACGGCCCAAGCGAAGUCGUGACGAAUCCUGCGAUGAUUACGCGGGAGAAGAAGCUCAAUUAUGUGGUGAACGGCAGCGACCAUUGUCACGCAAGAGACGGAGGGUAGGAAGCAGGAACAAUGCACUCUGUGCUCAAGACUACGAUGAUAUAUUUUCCCAACUUGGAUGCUAA